UGUCUAACCUAGAAAGUAUAAGUGUAAAUAAAUAUUGGUUUUCGGUUUUGAAUUUAAAGUUAUUGAUUUAUUCAUAUAUAAUGAAGAUUGUUUAUGUAUUAAAUAUAAUAUAACUAUUGGAUUAAAUUUAUUAAAAUAUUUUGGAAAAUAUCAUAAUUAAAAUAUUAAGGACGCAAAAUGGAUAUAGACUCGACAUUAUCAACAACUUUGAAGACUAUGACAUCAGUUGAUCCAGAUUAUAUUCAAUUUCAUCUCUUUAGUGAUGAAGACAUAAAGCAGCUAAGCGUGGUGAAAAUAACCAACUCAGUCGCAUUUGAUUCAUUGGGUAACCCUACAAAAGGCGGGCUAUAUGACCGAUCCAUGGGUCCAGUUCGAGAUCGAAAUGAUCACUGUGAAACUUGUAAUAACUUGCUCUUGCAUUGCCCUGGCCAUUUUGGCCACAUUGAAUUGCCUUUAAUAGUUGUAAACCCUCUAUUCAUUAAGAAUAUUUACACUUUAUUUAGAGUGUCAUGCUUAAAAUGCUUCAAAAUACAAAUGGAUGAUGGAAUGAAAUUCAUUUUAAAGCUACAAUUAGAUCUUCUUGAUGCUGGCCAUGUAACGGCAGCUUUGGACCUAGAAAACUUUAUAGUAGACUUGAAAAAUACUGACAACUUAUCAUCACCAGAUAAACCACACAAAAUUAUCAGGAAAUAUCAAAAGCUACUUAGAAAAUCUGAUGGUGUUACAAAAACAUUUCAAAAUAAAAACAUUGACAAACUCAGGAACAAUGUCAUAAAUUACUAUUUUAAAUCAAUAAAUACUGCAAAGUUAUGUAUUUAUUGUAAAAGUAAAUUGAUAAAAGUAACAACUACAGAUAAUAAGAUCAUGUAUAAUACAGGUGCAGAUGGAGGUAAAAAAGGUAUAAAGAUUAUAAUGCCUGAUGAGUUACAAAGCUAUUGUUCAGCAAUUGCUGAGAAUGAUGAAGAUAUCCUUGUUUAUUGCAUACCUGUAUUGAAGUAUGCAAAUAUCAAGCCAUGCACCAAUUUAUUUUUUAUGCAAACAUUGCCCGUGUUGCCAUCUAAUGUGAGACCAUGCAAUAUCCUAGAAGGACAGUUAUAUGAACAUCCACAAACUAAUGUUUAUUCAAGUAUUUUAAAGUGUUCAUAUGUAGCAAGAGUCAUUCUACAAAUUUUAAAAGAACCCGACCCUGAAAAAGCUAUUGAUUCCUUAGAUCAACCAUUGAGACAAUCAUACCAAAGUGCUUAUGGGAAAUCUCCUGCUGAAAAACUGCAUUUAAUCUGGCAAGAGCUGCAGAAACAAGUUAAUUAUGUACUUAGCUGUGAAGGAGUGGGAGUAUCCAGUCAAGGCUUAAAGCAAAUUCUUGAGAAGAAAACAGGUCUUAUUAGAAUGCACAUGAUGGGAAAAAGAGUUAACUUUGCUGCCCGUUCUGUUAUCACACCUGACCCUAAUGUUGAUAUUGAUGAAAUAGGAAUUCCUGAUGCUUUUGCUACAAAACUUACCUAUCCUGUUCCAGUAACUGAAUUUAAUGUUGAUGAACUAAGAAAAAUGGUGAUUAAUGGUCCUAAUAUACAUCCAGGAGCAGAAAAAUUAGAGAUAAAAAAUGGUCGAACUAUAAUUAUUCCAGCAGAUUCAAUAGAAAAGAGAAAAAGCUUAGCAAAAAGGCUUCUCACACCUGAAGAAUACAAGAAACCUGGCUUAAAAAUUGUACACAGACAUUUAAUAAAUGGUGAUAUCUUAAUACUAAAUCGGCAGCCCUCCUUACACAAACCUAGUAUGAUGGCACAUAGAGCAAGAAUACUUAAAGGGGAAAAGACAUUAAGGUUGCACUAUGCCAACUGUAAAUCAUAUAAUGCUGACUUUGAUGGUGAUGAAAUGAACGCACACUUCCCACAAAAUGAGAUUGCUAGAAGUGAAGCAUAUAAUAUAAUGUCUGUUCGUAAACAGUAUCUAGUACCUAAGGAUGGUACUCCUCUUAGUGGGUUGAUUCAAGAUCAUGUUAUAUCUGGAGUGAGGAUGUCUAUGAGGGGAACUUUCUUUAAUAAAUCAGAUUACCAACAGUUGGUUUUUCAAGGUCUUUCAAGUCACAAGGGUGAGAUCACAUUAUUACCUCCAACUAUUUUAAAGCCAGUAAUGCUCUGGUCCGGAAAACAGGUUUUAUCUACAAUUAUUAUUAACAACAUACCUAAAGGAAAAGCAUAUUUGUCACUUGUAGGUAAAGCUAAAAUUGGUGCAAAAGCUUGGCAAAAAUUGCCCUAUAGAACUUGGAAAGCUGGAGGCACACCAUUCAGUAAUCCUAAUGAUAUGUCUGAAGCAGAAGUCUAUAUAAGAAAAGGUGAGCUUCUGUGUGGAGUACUAGAUAAAACUCACUAUGGAGCUACACCUUAUGGAUUGGUGCAUUGCAUGUGUGAAUUGUAUGGAGGGGAUAGUUCAACUGCUUUACUUAGUUCAUUUUCGAAAUUAUUUACUUUUUAUUUGCAAUGGCUCGGAUUUUCACUAGGAGUAAAAGAUAUCUUAGUUUUUGAAGAUGCUGAUAAAAAUAGGGAUGAAAUAAUAGAACUUGUUAGACAAAUUGGUAAAGUUGCUGCUCUGAAAGCUACAGAUUUGCCAGUAGAUGUAGAAGAUAGUGUUCUUAAAGACACAAUAGCAAAUAGGAUGACAAAAGACCCCAAAUUUCGCGCAAAUUUAGACAGGCAAUACAAAAAUGUUCUGGAUUCAUACACAAAUAAUAUUAAUACAGUGUGUUUAUCUCAAGGGUUGCUGGAAAAGUUUCCUUCAAACAAUCUACAGCUUAUGGUCCAAUCAGGUGCAAAAGGAUCAACAGUGAACACUAUGCAAAUAUCCUGUUUACUUGGCCAAAUUGAACUUGAGGGUAAAAGGCCUCCAUUAAUGAUAUCUGGAAGAUCAUUGCCUAGUUUUCCUCCAUAUGAUGUGUCCCCUAGAGCUGGUGGAUUUAUUGACGGUCGUUUUAUGACUGGCAUUCAGCCUCAAGAAUUUUUCUUUCAUUGCAUGGCUGGCCGUGAAGGAUUAAUUGAUACAGCUGUAAAAACAAGUCGAUCAGGUUAUUUACAGAGAUGUCUUAUCAAACAUUUAGAAGGCUUAAAUGUAGCAUAUGAUCAUACAGUAAGGGAUGCAGAUGGUAGUGUUAUUCAAUAUGCAUAUGGAGAAGAUGGAUUAGAUGUUUGCAAAUGCCAAUUUUUCAAGAAAGAUCAACUACCAUUUCUUGAUGCCAAUGCUGAUGCAGUGAUAAGUAAGUCCGUAAUAAAGAAGCUAAAAAAAGAAGAAAUAUCGAAAGAGUUAGUGAAAUCACAAAAAUCGUUAAAGAAAUGGAAAAAAAAGUAUGGUAGUCCAUUUAAUAAAAAUAAAACGAGCGCAUUUUCAAAGUUUUCGGAAAUUGUGCGGAGCGAUUUAACCCUCCGAGAGAAACCGACUAAUGAAACACGCGACCCAUUUUAUUGGAAGCUGGAAAAAAAGUGGCGAGCACUUGAUGGUGAUGAAAUGUCUCAAUACAAACGCAAACCUUGUCCUGAUCCAGUUACUAGCAAAAUGUCUCCUGAAUACAAAUUCGGUGUUAUCAAUGAACAGCUAGACGACCUAAUUCAGAAUUACCUUAAGAAUCGUAGUGCAAACAUGUUUAAUGAAUAUACAGAAAACGAGAAAUUUAUUGAAAUAAUGAAUGCGAAAUUUUUAGCCUCCAUGGCAGCACCUGGAGAGCCUGUUGGUUUACUGGCAGCACAAUCUGUUGGUGAACCAUCAACCCAGAUGACACUGAAUACCUUUCACUUUGCUGGUAGAGGUGAUAUGAAUGUCACACUAGGUAUACCUCGUCUAAGAGAAAUUCUAAUGACAGCAUCUGCUAAGCUAAAAACACCAAAUAUGGAUAUACCAUUUCUAGACACUUUAUCUAAUUUAAACCGAAAAGCUGAGAAAUUAAGAAAGAUUAUGAAUCGCGUGACUGUAAAUGAUGUUUUGGAGAAGAUAAAUGUUGAAUGUGAAAUUGUAACAAAACCCAGCAGGCAAUUAAAGACGACGAUGCGAUUUUGGUUCCUACCAUAUAGUCAGUAUAAACCGCAAUACAUCGUGAAACCAUCACAGAUUAUAAAGCACAUGCAGAAUAAAUUUUUCCAAGAAAUGUUUACUGUUGUACGAAAACAAGCGAAAACAAACUGUGGUGUCCUGUGGUCAACUGAGAAGCAGAAGAAAAAAAAAGCUGUGAACGAUGAUGGUGAUGAUGAUGACGGCUUCGAAGAUGGGCCAAUUGAAGGUGGUGGUGAAGACACAAUACCCGCUGAUCCAGAUGCUGACAGUUCAGAUGAAGAGGGUCCAAAUGAUGAUGAUGAUAACACAGAUGUAAAAUUACGGAAGAGACGAACAGAGGAGCAAGAGUACGAAGACCCAGAGUCAGGGGAAGAGGAGAAAUCUGAUGAAGAAGUGGAAAAAAAUGAGAAUGAGAAAGAUGUAGAUGCUGAAGAAUCUGCAGCAAACAUAUCAGUUGCUGACAGCAAAGCAAUGGCAGACGUCGUUGAUCGUUUAAGUGCUGCUACUAGCUACUCAUUUGAUACUGUUAAUCACCAGUGGUGUGAACUAACAGUACUCUUCCCAAUAUCAUUUUUGCAGGUAGAUCUCUCCCAAGCCUUAAAGGAAGCCGCUAUGAAAUCAGUAAUUUACGAAAUACCGAACAUCAAACGUGCAAUAACGAAUAAAGAAAAGGAUGUUCUUUACUUGAAGACAGAAGGCAUAAAUAUAGUGCAAAUGUUCAAGUACAAUCACUUGUUGGACUUAAAUAAGCUUUACAGUAACGAUAUUCAUGCAAUUGCCAAUACUUACGGCAUAGAAGCUGCCAAUAAAGUGAUUAUUAAGGAGAUACAGAAUGUAUUUAAUGUGUACGGAAUAACCGUGGAUCCACGUCAUUUGUCUUUGAUAGCGGACUAUAUGACAUAUAAUGGAGUGUUUGAGCCGAUGAGUCGGAAAGGAAUGGAGGCAUCCUCGUCUCCUCUGCAGCAAAUGUCGUUUGAGUCUUCGUUAUUGUUCUUAAAAGAAUCAGUGUUGAAUGCUAAGGUGGAUAAUCUGCGGUCGGCGUCGGCCUGUCUAAUGGUAGGGCUUCCGUGCAGAAGUGGAACUGGAGCGUUCAGUUUGAAGCAUUACAGAAAAGAAAUUACUUAAAAAAUAUUGUAUUUUAAGUUUUACAAUGAAAUAGUCUUAAUAAAGGUCUUUUUUUACUAUAA